CAAAAACCAUGGUACCCCUUUCUCUCUUUCCUUCCACACAUUCCAACCAUUCCCAUCAAAGAGUGCUCAACAAUUUUAUGUUUUUCUUAGCAACCCAAAUCAUUAAUAUUCCCAAAAUCGCAUCUUAGAAAAACACUCUCUGCAAUCACUGACACGUAUGCUGGCUAUUAAUUAGGUUUUCCCAUGCGUUAAACAUUCUUCACUUCCUUUUGCAGCACUGCACCUUUAUGAUCCCCUAUGGGCAUCCACACCGAAUGCCCUGCACCUCCACUACCUCUACUGUUCAUGAAUCUCCAUCAUGCUCCUGCUUCUUCCCUUCUUCUACUUCUUAUUCUCGCGCCACCGGUCACGGCACAGUUCCAGAACGCGCCGCCGCCGCCGCCGUUGGACCCUUUCACGAGGCUAAGGUUCGACAGGACCAUGGCCGCUGUCUUGGUAGUCCUCGUCGUGGUUUUCUUCGCGUUGGGAUUCGUGUCGAUCUACACUCGCCAAUGCGCCGAGCGGAGAGUCCGAGGGAGGCUCGACCUCGCCGUGGCCAUCGCCGGCGGCAUGGAGCGGCGCCAGCAACGCGGCCUCGACCCGGAGAUCGUCGACACGUUCCCCACCUUCGUGUACUCCGAGGUAAAGGCCCUCAAGAUCGGAAGGGCCACGCUGGAAUGCGCCGUGUGCCUCAACGAGUUCCGCGACGACGAAACGCUGCGUUUGAUCCCCAAGUGCUGCCACGUGUUCCACCCCGAUUGUAUCGACGCUUGGUUGGUGAAUCACUCCACGUGCCCCGUGUGCCGCGCCAACCUCGCGCCCAAGCCCGAGGACGCGCCUCCUUCCGUCGCGAUUCAGGUUCCAGAUCCGGCCCAGCCCAAUAGGCCCAACGCGGAAUAUGAUCCGAAUUCGAUUAGCCCGGUCGAAGACGGUCAACCUGAACGUGAACGUGAACGUGAAGGGAACAGAAUAGUUACACUUACAGAACCUCUCACUCCCUGUGGUAAUAAUUUAGCUGAUUUGAAUCGGCCGGUUCGGUCUCGUUCGACCGGCUUUGGGAGAUUGUUUCCGCGUUCUCAUUCAACGGGUCAUUCGUUGGUUCGACCUGGGGAGGACUUCGACCGGUACACGCUGCGGUUGCCGGAGGAAGUACGGAACCGGCUCGUGAGUACGGCGGCGCUGAGCCGGACGAAGAGUUGCGGGGUGACGUGGCAGCGAGAGAGCAGUGGGAGGAGGGGUUACCGGACGAGGAGUGUUGGGAGGAAUUACCUACAGUAUGAGCGGUUCGGUGGGGAGGGCCGGUUGGACCGGUGGGGGUUCAUGUGGACCCCACCAUUUUGGGGUAGAACCGGUUCACUGAGGUCAACGAAGGACUUGGGAGAACGUUCUUCUGAUCGUUUAUUUUCCAAGGACUGAGGGAUGACGUUGGAUGUGGACGAAAAUCACGUUGGGAUUUUUUAUUAUCGUUUUAUACAUACGAGGCUGAAGGCUCCAUGUUCAUAUUCAUCUCCAUUUUGGAUUUGGAUCUAUAUCAUUGUGUUUAUUUGUUGAAAAUAGGGGCAUAUAUUUUUUUGGGGGGAAUACUUCCCCGAAGAAAAAAAAAACAAUGUAAUAUUCACUCAUACGA